GUUACCGUGGAUUGGAGCUUUGGCGGUGUUUGGUCACACUGUUUACGCUUGUCUGUGGAAAUUUCAUUUCACAAAAACCGAGAUUGUUAAAUUAACCAAAUUAGAACGUUUUAAACCGAAACAAGAAUAGCAGCAGUUAUGCUGCAUUUAUUUAUAAUUGUGAGUAUCGCUAGUCGCAAUUUCGAGGACGUACAAACAUACACACACGUUAUUUGAAUACGCUGACAUAUAAGUUUAAACCAAAAUUCGAUGCCCAACCAAUAAACAAUCGACAACUUUUCGCCAUAAACACCCACCAAACAAAUUAACCACUCAACGCACAGCCAACGGAAAAAAUAAGUGAAGGAGGGAGGGGAGGAGCACCACCACCACCAGUGGUAGCCACCUGCUGCUCCAUAAGCUCCAGGAAAAACUACCGCGAUGAAGGUGGACACGGUGAAGCUAAAGAAGGGCUCCUCGGAGCUGACGGCCGAAUGCCGCGAGCUUAUCGAUGAGCUAACCAAGCGGCGAACGCGAACCGAACUCCUUGAGUUCCUCGACACCGUCCACGUCUGGAUCUACGGCAAGUGCGAGCUGUACCAUUGGAUCGAGAUUCUGGACCGCUUCGACAAGAUCCUCGAGGAGGCAUCACGUCAUGUCAAUGGCAACGAGUUCGUGCUGCAGUGCGACACCAACUUUCAGGAAACGGUAAGGACAACGGAUGUCACUCUGCUGUUGCACGUACUUAACUUCACCACUUUGCUGAUCGAGCACUCGUUCUCGCGCCACCUGUACAACUCCAUCGAACACUUGACAGUGCUCCUCUCUUCUCAGAACAUGGAUAUCGUCCUGGCCGUCCUUAAUCUGCUUUACAUGUUUUCCAAGCGCAGCAAUUUCAUACCCCGCCUGCCGUUCGAGAAAAAGGAGUUACUGAUCGUUAAACUUUUCAACAUAGCUGAGCGCUGGGGCGAUCCCAACUAUGGCCUGUCGCUCAAGGACUGCUGCAUUGGCGAGCCAAAGCUGGAAUUCCUUUACCAGCUAUGUAUCGACUAUGUGGACGAGCACGGUCAUGCCGCACAGCUGGAAAUCCCGGACAUGAUGGACCUAUGCCACACGGCAUCAGCUCCCGAGGUGAUCAAGACGAUUGCCGGACAGAUCUCAAAGCCUAGUGAGGCAAUCAAGAUGCGCAUUGCCCAUCGGGUGCGCUUGAUCUCAGGCUUCAACAAUUACAAACUGCGACUUCAGUUCGUCCAGGCGCGUCUUCAGGCCGUCUCCAUUUUGAUUUACUCUAAUGCCCUGCAGGACAACACGGACAAGGUGUUAUAUGCCGGCUUCGGCGAAGAAUUAUGCGAGCUAAUCGACAAAGAGGACGUCCAUCUUGUCGAAAUACGGGCGGCAGUUUUGCGCACACUUACCUCGAUGUUGCACUUCGACCGCAAUCCAAAUGUCCCGAGCAGGGCCGGGUCGCGUCUGUUGAAGAUCGUGCAUUAUACCGGAGCUGAGCGGCAGGGCGGGACGUUGCCGCUUUUGGUUCGUGACUGCAUCGAUAAUCUAACCACAUACGGACUCACCGAGCGGUACCCGCUCAUUCUGGCCACCUCACUUUUCUCGCUGCUGUACCAUCUGGCCAGCUACGAAAUGGGUGGCUCUGCUUUAGUUAAAAGUGGCAUGAUGCAAUCCCUACUUUGUGUCAUCAGCUGGCCGGGAGUGGACCUCGAGCACAUUACAUUCGUAACGCGGGCAGUGCGGGUGAUCGAUUUGAUUACCAACAUAGACAUCGCCCGUUUUCACCAGAACAACGGACUCAACGUGUUCAUUGACCGUCUGGAGAAGGAAAUCAAGAGCUGUUGUAAGGCAUUGGCUGACAUCGGCAUCACGCUAAAGGAGUCGACUCUGCGUGACGACCAUAAGCUAGAUACCUCGCUGGACCAAGUCGAUGAGGAUGUGGAAGGUGACGGAACCGGAGAGAACACCUCCGUGGCCAGUGGAAGUGGAUCGCCGCGCCGCGGGAGCUCGACGCCCAGAGGUUACAUAGACCAUAGUGAAGUAGAAGGCUUAGGAGCAGGACUCCUGGAUAUUGGUGGAUCACGCAACUUGGCAGGCGGCAGCGGAGAAGGGGCAUCAAGUAAUUCCGGACCGAUUAUGGGUUUAAUCAACCGAGAGAUUCGUCCGUCGGCCAUUAUGUAUCCCACAAAUAGUUACUACGCCCGUCCACUGGCCGAGCGCAAGGCGGAGCUAUCUUCGCAGCUGCCGAGCAGCCUGGCGCCGAAGAAACCGUCCUGCGUCACACAGCGGGCGGCACUGCUAAAGUCGAUGCUAAAUUUCCUGAAGAAAAGCAUUCAAGAUCAUGCUCACUUUAGCAACAUGCGAAACAUUAUGGAGACUAGUCUAACACAGUCGCUGCGCCACAUCAUUGCGAAUGCAGAAUACUAUGGACCUUCGUUGUUUCUGCUGGCCACCGAUGUGGUAACCGUGUACGUGUUCAACGAACCAUCGCUGCUCUCCUCGCUGCAGGAUCUGGGUAUAACCAGUGUUAUGCUAAAGGCGCUGUUACACAAGGAUGUGCCAGCUACCCGGGAGGUGCUGGGAUCCCUGCCCAACGUAUUUUCCGCAUUAUGUUUAAAUGAGCGUGGAUUGUUUGAGUUUCUUUCCUACGAUCCGUUCGACAAGGUGCUGAAGGUGCUGCUUUCCCCGGACUACUUGGUAGCCAUGCGGCGGCGCCGUUCUUCGGAUCCGCUCGGCGAUACGGCUACCAAUUUGGGCAAUGCCAUGGAUGAUCUAAUCAAGCAUCAUCCCUAUUUGCGAGCCGAUGCUACAGAAGCAAUUGUCAGGCUCCUAAAUGAGUUGGUUCGACUCGGCUCCGAUCCAAGUUUCAUUUGCUGGCGGGCGAAUAAGGAAAGCAGUGGCUCUGGAUCCGGAUCUGGCAGUCACGGCGUUGGUCAUCAUGUGGCAUCAACACCCUCGCCCAUGGUCAUGGUGGCCGGCUCGGGAGGAUCAUCUUCAGUCCUUCAGGGUGCAGCGGAUACAAAUGAUAGCAGCGGCGAUGACGACGACGAUGAUGAUGAAAUGAGCUCUGCUUCGCAGCAGCAGCAACAGCCUACGACACCGGGUCAAAGUGGAGGUGCAUCAACACCCAGGACUCAACAGGCAGGAAGUGUAGGAGGAGCUGGAGGUACAGGAGCGCAAGCAGCUACAUCGCAAACUGUCAAAGUGGUGACGCCUCCGGAACGAGAAGCCAUUCCCCUCAUCGACUAUAUUCUUAACGUAAUGAAGUUCAUCGAGGCGAUAUUCAGCAACAGUCCGAAUGGCGAUCACUGUCGGGAAUUUGUACUUCACGGAGGAUUAAGGCCCAUCCUUCAGCUGCUAUCGCUGCCCAAUCUACCAGUGGAUUCACCAGUGUCCACUACUUCACAAGCGGUAGCAAAUGUUUGCAAGGCGAUACUUAGCCAAGCGCAAGAAACCAAAGUGCUGGAUGUUGCACUCAAGCAGCUGGCCGAUAUUGUGGCUCAACUGAAGCCACUUAUAAAGCACUUUACUUUUCCCGGCGGCAGUGUCUUACUAGCGGAGCUAGUUUGCUGCCAGCGGCUAGAGGAUGGCUUUGCCAACGCCGAAUAUACACCCAUCUUGCACAACAUGAGUUUUGUGCACGGCUACGUGGUAAUGCUGGUGCAUCUUUGCCGAAACGCCUCCAGUGAUAUGAGAGGUAUACUUCUAAAGCGGUGGGGUGUCAAUCGCGAAACCGGAGUCCAACUACUGCAGCAACUCGUCCAGCUUUACAUUUCCCUAGUGUGGGAGAGCACUAUCCUGUUGAAUCUUUGCUCGGAUGAACCCACCCAGCAUCCGGAUCUCAUCUGGGACGAAAUUGCAGCCCAAAUGUCAGCGGCAGCUGGUACCGCGGAUCCGCUAACGGAAGCAGAACUAUCGAGGAAGCUGGAAAGAGCGGCAGAAUUCCGGACAAAGUACACCCCAGAAGAACAGUUUCGAUACAUAAAGUCAUUAUUGGCUGCGAGUUCCCGAUUGGGAAGGGCUCUCGCUGAGCUUUUAGGCACCUUGGUAAAGCUAUCAGUGGGAUCACCACAGACACGGCAACGUCGCAUCAACGAUUUGAUUAGUAAUAUCAACAAAGUUCCUACGCCAGAGGCGCGCGAAAUAGCCCGCAUCCUCAGCUCAAUAUUGGUUAAUGGAUUUAGUCACGAAAGCAUACUGCCUAAGCCUGUACCAAAACUUAAACUCACUUUCCUGAUCUGCUCGGUGGGAUUCACAGGCCCGAUGCUGUUCGACGAUAAGCGCAGCGCAUUCCAUUUGAUGAUAUCGCAGUUUUGUGCUGAGAACGGAUUAAAGGCAUUCUUUGAGAUGUUCUAUUGGGCCUUAUCGUUGGAUAAUGUCUCCCAGAAGUUUGAUUUUGAUCAGUGGGCUUCAAUGGAGGAUCUGAUGCAAUCGCAUGAGGAUGACAAGCGUGAUUGUCCGGAGGGCACCGGUGAGUUCCUUGACGCGUGGCUGCAGCUGCUCGAGAAGAUGGUGAAUCCCCGAGCCAUGUUGGACUCUCCAUACACGAUGAGCCCCCGGCUAAAUUAUCUACCCGAUUCGGUUCCAUUUGAGCCGGUCUUCUAUCUAAUCCACAUCCACCAGCUGGCCAUGCAAGCACUGCGCAGAAUCUGGGCCCGGCGCCCGAUUCCAAACUAUGGACCAAGCAUGUUUGAGACUAUGAUCGUGAUUCUGAAGCAUCUGAUCAAGUCACAUCAGACCCUGUUGGAUCGCUAUCACACAAGGAUGAAGGAGAUUAAGUUCGAGAACUUAUACAUCCGGAGCACGGACGAUGGUCUGAAUGCGGAUCACAUCAAGACGCUGACGGACAUGGGAUUUUUGCACUACCAUGUCAUCGACGCCUUGAGGACAAAUGCCUCUCUGGAAGAGGCCACCGAUUACCUGCUUAAUAAUCCACAAGUAAGUACCAUGUCGACGACUGGUGGUCUGUCAAGCGGCACUGCUCCACCUCCGCCGCCACCACCAUCGGCAUCCACAAUGGACAUUGACAUGGAACUACCCGCGGAUGGCGAAUCAACGCAAAGUAAAUCCUCCACUUCGGCGCAGUCCAGCUAUGAUUAUAAGCACCUAAAGCUAAUGCCGUCAUUGAUCUUUGAUCGCUUUUGCGAUGAAGCCAUCUCUCGGGCAUUCGAGUUCAUGGAAGCAAUACCGGAUACGGUCAAUAGUGCUGCGGAUUUGAUAGCUGUACUAUACAGACGCCACAAUCACCUGAACAAACAGGUGUUUGUUACCAACUUUGUGCGCAAUAUCAUACAGUGGGUGGACUUUACCUUACAGCUGUUUGAACCGGCCAAGACAACCGGGUCGAAGGCGUCGCGCCUAGAGGAAUGUUUAACCGGAAUGACGGCCACUCGCCUGUUUGUACGCCUCAAGACAUCGACGCUGCUGCUCGAGGAAAACUACAGUGAUCUACACCGGCCCCUGGUGGAGGCGAUAACUGCCCAGGAUGCAAUGGUGUCGCUGGUGAAGUUACUGGACUGUAUGAGCCAGUGGAUGUUGGAACAAUCCAGCGAAACGAAUACCGGUCAGCAGCGUGCAACUGUGCCGCGAUGGGUGCAGAAUCUGGUGGAUCUAAUCGAUGCGAUUGACAGCAUUAGCCAUAUUCUGCAGCGUAAGGCCAACAUGCGAGCAGUUAGCAGCGAUGUGUGGCGCUGGUAUGACGCUUCCACGGGCAAGUGGAAUACCUAUUCGGAUGCUAACAACGAGCUUAUCCGAAAUGCAUACGCGGCCGGUGAAAGGUGGAUCCAUAUCAACAUUGGAAGACAGCGGUGUACCGUCAGCCUGAACUGCAUGACGCAAGUGAGUGAAGCAUCCGGAACACAUCGACCCGUCUGUCCUGCUCUGAAGCUCAGCGAGGCCAUCACCAAUGUGCAAAAUCCAAUGGCGCUACACAAGGUGGAACAUAUGAUGAAUCGCGUGGUCCGGACUUCGCCUGACGGCACGGGCACUGUGCAUUCCGAUGAAUUAAUUUCCUUGCGACAGCUAAUAAACUUUAGCGAUGGCCAGCAGCAGGAGAACUCAGCAAAUUCAAAUGAGGAGGGAGCCAACGAUGAGGGCUCAACCGGAGCCAGUAGUGGAUCCCCGCCAGCCGCUAUGACCACGCGCAGCAAGUCGCGACUAAAGAAUGCAGCCGCUGCAGCUGCCGCUAAGGUGAAGUCCCAUACCGCAGGCUCACCACCCAUACCCAAACGCACCCAAAAGAUUAUACUCAACGAGGAGCAGGUCGGCUUAAGCAAGUUUGACUGCGGGCGCAUUAUCGGCAGCAUUGUAGACCUACUGCAGCCUUCGCAUCUCAUGCUCAACGAAACGAAGCUUUCGCUACUCCGACUAUGUGCUAGAUUAACGCGAAACUACGAUAACGCCCAAGUGUUUAUCCGACGUGGAGGAGUACGGAUGCUCCUGCACCUCCAGCAGGCUUGCAGUUUUAUGGGCUUUCCUACGUAUGCAAACAUUAUCCUGCGCCACGUUCUUGAGGCCCCACCCGUGCUUCAGGAGGCCAUGGAAAGAGUGCUGGGCAUGCGGGCAGCGGGUAACGUUCCCGUGGGUCAUCGCGACCUUAUAUACGUGCUGACCCAGGUGUCAUCGGCGGUUUCGCGCAAUCCACAGAUCUUUGUGGCCGCCGCUAAAGAGAUGCUCAAGGGCGAGUACCAGAUUAACACAAACGGCACGACGCUUGCAGACGAUGCACGAGUUAUGGUCAAGUCGAAGUUUGGCCAAACACCGACGACAGCAACAGGCGGUGCCACGCCGCAUUCGCAAACGCCAACGCCACCACCAACGUCUAAAGAUGAACUCAAGGACGAUCCCCAGGUGCAGUCAUCAGUAGCCGUACUAAAGGAUCUGCUGCAUGGAUUAGUGCAACCGUGCUGGCAUUAUGGCGGCACUGAAUCUGCAGAUCGUGGUCAAGGCGCCGCGGAGCUGCUACAGCCGGAUCAGCCCCCAGGAAUGGCGCAGGGAUGUCACGAUGAUGAGUUAUAUUUCCGGUUCCAGGAAACCCCCGCACCUGCGAUCAGUAAGAAACAAUCCUCAAGUGGUGGAGGAGGUGCAGCUGCUGGCCAAGCCCAGUCGACAGAAAAGUUUGAGCCCUGCUGCUGCACCUGGCACAUCCCUACCAGCGGACAUACCCACGCAAAACCCACUAUUUCGAGGGCAACCCUGCUCAAACUGUUAGCGGAUUCAACUCGAGCCUACCAGUCAUUGGUGCCGCGUGUCCUCUUGGCCCACGUUUAUACACCUGCAGAUAGUCCACUGAUCUCCGCACCGCAGCAGACCUUCCUUGGCGUGCUUCUUGAUCGUUUCCUGCCUAUAACCCAAAGGCAUCAUGUCCCCGAGGUCAGCACAAUGACCCGGGUGCUGAUCUGUUCCCUAUCAGACUGCUACCAACAACCCGGAGUCCAGAUUCAUGUUGCCGGGGAGCUGCACGCAGCGGUGGCCAGAGCCUUAGCCCAGCCGGAUUCCGCCGAGAAGCACACACGUUUGCAGGUUCUGAUGAGUCUUUACCCUAAUCUCAUUGAGUCACCCAUGUUGUAUGACAAGGUCCACUUGCACCGCAACAAUAUGUACCGUGUACUCCUUCGCCAGGGAGUAAUGACCUAUUUAACGAAGGUGGCACAAUACAAGGAUCUAUCAAAUCACAAUACGCUGAGCACUCUAGCAGCUAUUCUGCGACCCAUGGAGAUCCUGCUGAGAUUCAGUGUUUCCACCACUACACUGGGAUCGAAGAGACUUCUUUUUGGAAGUAGCGGAGCUGGAUCGAAUGGAUCUGGAAGUGGUAGUAGCGCUGCAGGCAGUGGCAGUGGCACAGGACCAGGAUCUGGUAACACCUACGGGACCAUCAUUAACCGGCGACUAUAUCCUCGUCUGGCAGGACGUAGUGUUGUCAAUGUGGAGCGCGCCAAUGCGAUGGGUGGUGAGCACGUACUGCGGGACAUAAUUCGGAACGUGCUGUCGGAUCGUCGUCAUGCCUUCGAAUUCAUCUUCAACUCAGACGAGAUGGCCGUUGACUCGGAAGACUCGGUUGCUACGGGCUCAAGAGGAGUGGGCGGAGACGGCCCUGGCACAGGUGGUGUCGGAGGUGGUGGGUCGGGUUCAGGAUCAGGUGGAGGCACCGCUGCUGUUAUCGACGUGGUCGAGGAGCGAAGCAACGGCGGAGAUACCAACGAUCCACCUGUAAACGUAAGCUCUGGAUCAUCAGCAGCGGGUCAAUCUUCGACUAGUGGUGGACCGGUUCGUCCGGUACUUAACUUCGAUCAAUUAUGGGACGAUUUCCUGCAGAGUGAGGGACUUCGCCUGGCUUCGCGAAGUGGUGGUGGCGCCGGAUCCGCCAGUGGAUCCGCUGUAGCAAGUACAACCGGACAGCAAAACGGAAGCAACGCCACCACCAACUCUGGCAACAAUUCCGUUAGCGGUGAUCCUCGUUUGCGAACAAAUCCCGAUGUGGAUGUGAGCGUUGGCAAUGGUGGAAGUAGCAGUACCAAUUCUGGUGUUGUAAAUGACAAUGGUAUCAGCGGUGGUGGCGGUAGUGAUGGCGCCUCCACCUCAUCGGACACUGGAGCUCCUGGUGGUGCACGUGAUUUGAGUACAACGAUUCUGGGCGAUGUCAGCACUUCCGAAUCAGAUUCGGAUGCUUCCACAGAAAACGACGAGCGGAAUGAGGAGGACGAAGAUGAAGAUGACGACGCACCCGAUGAGGAUGUGGAUGAGCAUAGCGAAACAGAUGUGGACGAGGAGCGUCCUCGCCAGUUUAUUGAGGUCUUUGAUCACAUUUAUGAGCCGGAAUCUUCUGAGACGGCGUCGAACGAUGCAGAUGUGGACAACGACGAUGAUGAUGACGAAGAUGAGGACGAUGUGGACGACGACGAUGAUGACGACGAAGACAAUGACGACGAGGAUCGCGAGGAGGGUCAGAGCGUCAUGGAUGCAGAGCUGGAGAACCAAAUUGACAUCGCCCUCGCCCUUGUGUCUUCUAACAAUCGCCCUAGGCGCAGUGCAGCGGUUAACGCCUCUGGCGAUGGCUCAGCCAAUCGUCCCAAUCCUGAUGACGAGGUGGACGAUGAAGACGACGAUGUUGAUGGUGAUCCCGAUGGAGAUCCUGAUGUGGAUCCCAUUGGUGGACCAUCGGCUGCCCAUGCAGAGGCCUAUCUAUACGAGCGUUUAGGUAGCGGCCUAAUACCCACACCGCCGGUUGGUUUCCGUGUGCGAAUGAACAGCUCCAUUGCCCAACCGCUAGACAUUGAUGUAAAUGGCGGCAAUGGUGGAAAUGGAAGUGGUUCUGGAGUCACUGGAUCAGCCGGCGGAUCCGGCAGAGGGUCGUCGACGAGUGGAACAACUGCCAGCAUCGGAGCAAUCGCCUCGGCCGCUCUACGUCCCUCAUCUGGCUCGUGGAUGGCACCGGACUACAGUUUUAUUGGAUUGUCGGGUGGAGCAAGUGGUGGUUCUGGCCUCGAUCGUUCCAUUGGCAGCGGAGCAGCUGCUGGUGGCAACACCAAUGGUAGCGAGGUAAGCGCAUUUCUAAUGCCCAUUAUGUCGCAUUUGGAACGCACUGGUGGUGCCUCUGGCAGUAGUCAGAACAUGAGUAACCUGCUGGACGAACAACCAAUGGGGACCGGCAAUGGAGGAAGUGCCGGAGGAUCAGCCUCUGGCGGAAGCGGUGUUAGUGGGGGUGGUGCAAACUCCGGCACUACGGGACAACAUCCGAAUGCAACACUCUGUACGAAUGGAGUCCGGCGACGAUUGCUCUAUCUGGACCAGCAGUACUGUGUUUGCAUGCCCACACAUCAGAACCCCACUGAAGAAACUCAGAUGGAGACGUUUACUCAAGAUGCUCUCCACUGGUGGCUAGAGGAGGCCACGCUUUUGGACAUGGAGAGCCAGACUGACGCAUGCCUAUAUGCCGCUCACUUUCUGCUGCCGCAUCUUAUCAAAGAUUUGAAAAUAGCGCAUCAGCAACGUAAGCAGGAUGAAGCUGCCCGAAAGGCUGGUACCAUUUUUACAACAUCGACACCAGCACCUAGUGGAGUUUCAACAUUCUCCAACACAACGGCGGGAGCGAGCACAGGCGCGCCAACAUCGACAGCUUCGUUUGCAUCCAGUAUACUCGCGAAUGCCGUUACAGGCGGCUCAGGAAGCAGCAGUGUGGUAGUGCCACCAGUGGCAGCCUCUGCGACAGGGGGCACCCGACGCAGUUCAAUUCCCGUACUGAUGUCAUCAAGCUUUGCUCCAAGCAGCGGUACUAGCGGAACGGGAGCCAAUGCCACCAGCGACGCUACGGCUUCAUCUGGAGGAAAUACGAGCCCUUACACAUCCUCGUCCAUGAGCGGUAGUGUAUCCUUGGAUGCGCAGACUCGUCCGCCCCGUCAACGCGGUGGAUUCCGCCAGCAUAGUCAGCUGCCCUUUAACAUUUACGCUGAGAUUGACCUGACCAACGAGCAGGAUAGCCAAGGCGCUACCUCAAACUCGACAGCCGAUGGGGCUGAAUCACAGUCACAGCAGAACUCCUCUUCAUUGGCACAGAUGGCAGUGAUACACCAUCGCCAUCCACCGGCCCCAAUUCUGCCUUCUUCGCGAGCUCACUCGCGUCUUGAUGAGGCAGAGAUGCUACUUCUGCAGUUGGCCGAUCGCCAGGCUGUACGCAAUCGCUUGCAAAUGUCCAGCGGACAUACAAAUUCCUCGCGAACUUCGGGGUCAGCGCUGAUUAACGCUCGACCCAAUCGCGAUUUACCCGCCCGUCUGCAACGUCUUGUUCAGGCCCAUAGCUCUGUUUCCAGCCGUAACAGUGCGUCCGGGUCCGCGCCAGCUUCGUCACUUGUUUCAAUGCCGACUCCGAUGUCCAAUGCGGCUCUGGAUCAGAUAAACGUCACGGCUCCGGAUGUUGUUGCUUUGCCACCUUCCCUAGAGGUUGAUGUAGACGUGCUUCCUGACAUACUGGAUAUGCCCCAACAGGAAGCGCAACCAGAGGAAGAUCAACUUUUGCUACCACCACCUCCGCCGCCACCGCCCAGUGAUACGACGCCAUUGGUACUUACCGAGGGCGAGCUGUGGCCCGGUACUGUGGUCAGCGUUGGAACUAGGCAGGACCAACCAACUUUACCGCCAGCCAAUGAAAAUACUGACGAAACUAACCAAUCUAAUCAGAUUCCAGAAAGCAGGGAAUCUACUUCUCCGAAUUCACAGGCUCUCCCCGCAGAGCCAACGCCAGUGGAAACGGAAAUCGGUGGAGCUCCCACAACCAGUACCCAAACUCCAGCAUCAACAGAAGAUUCCGCCGCUGGUGGAACAACAUCUGGAGGAGCGAGUGGAACGACAGCCACCAUAACGGACAUGAGUCCUGAAGUGCGGGCAGCUCUCGGCGAUCUAGAGGUGCCCGAAGGUGUAGAUCCCUCUUUCCUCGCCGCUCUGCCGAGUGAAAUGCGAGAAGAGGUAAUCCAGGAGCAUCUCCGUAUGCAGCGCAUUCGACAGCGUGCGCAACAGAAUGCUAUUCAGAUUGCCCACGACUCGCUGGUCGAGGUCAACCCCGAAUUUCUCGCAGCCCUGCCACUGAAUAUCCAGUCAGAGGUGCUAAUGCAACAGCGCAUCGAACAGCAACGACAGGCGGCUCAGACAGCCAAUCCGGAGGAUCCGGUGGACACUGCCGCAUUCUUCCAAAACCUGCCCGAGAAUCUACGCCAAGCGAUACUUACCGAUAUGGAGGAGUCGCAGAUAGCCAGUUUGCCUCCAGAGUUGGCUGCCGAGGCGCAAUUCCUUCGUCGUGACUGGGAAUUUCGUAAUGGCGCCCGCAUGGACGCCCAUCCACCAAGCAAUGCGUUAUCUCGUUUCCAGACAACGCUGCAGAGCCUGGAGGAGGCACGCUGGCACAGUUCCAUUUGGUAUGAUGCAAGUGGCAAUGCCCAGCCGCAGCACCACCAGCACACAACGAUUGUACAUCAUCAUGCGCACCCACAUCAUGCUCCGACCAUGGGCAAACCACUCGCCCUUUUAAUGAUGGAAGAUGAAAACAUCCUCCUUGAUCCGGAUUCGCUAGCCACACUCCUGCUCUUCCUGUUUGUAGAAGACCAGAAAGUAAACAGCAUGCGUCUGCAUCGCGUCAUUCGCAAUCUGUGCCACCAUGAACCCACGCGUGACUGGAUAAUCAGUGCUCUGAUCAGCAUCGUACAGAAAACCAACGAGGACAAUGGGAACUUUGGAGCGGGUCAGGCGGGCGGCAAACCGGAGUGGCUAAAACUGCGUGUGGACGCUGCCUUUGGCUACAAGAGCAACAUAUUCCUGAUAAAUCGACUGUACGAGGGUAGUGCGCGGAGUAUCAGCAUCAAUCCGCAGGCGGCACAAAUGAUAGUGCGCAACUGUCUGGACUUACUGUUUGUCCUGGCCAAGCACUAUCCAUCCAGUUUUGUACCCUACAAUCGCGAGGUGAAAGCCAGGCGUAUAUUGAGUGCGGUAUUUGGCAUGCCAUCGCCUACAUCUGGAGCAAGUGGAGGAGCUGCUAGCGGUUUGGCAGGUCGUGGGGUCGAUGAUGGACCACCAGGUGGAACUCUAGACUUCCGUUCACGUUUCUGCCGCUACCAAGUUGCGAACCGUUUACGUGGAAUACUCGAUGAUCAUCCUGCACCAAAACCAUCAACGCCUUUGGAUGAAGCCCCCUCCACAUCGAAGGCGGCGGCAGCCAAAGCAGCUGCUACUGCCAAAGUAUCUAGUGGAAGCCUUAAUCAGCAGUCAGUGCCGUACCAAACCAAUGCGAAGAACUUUUGGGAUGUAGUGCUAAACAUCGAUCAGCAAACCCAAGUGCGUUUAGCCAAUGUGGCUCAGUUUCCGCUUAUCUCACAGCCGGCGUGGGAAUGGCAAACGAAUACCGCCGAUUUCCUCUCCUUUAGCGACUCGCCAUUUGGUCAGUUGCUUGAAAUGCUGCCCUACAAGGUUAUAUGCCGAUCUCCCCAUCUCACCGAUAUGCUGGUAAAGUUGCUUGCCUCACUCAGCACUGAGUUGCCCAAGGAGGAAGAGCAGUUACCACUCAGCGAUCAAAUGCCCACGUUGAUUCCCAUUGGUCAGGCAGCGGGAGCAGCGGCGGCAUCAGCAGAAAAUACCCAGGUCAAUGCAUCCGAAAUUGGUGAUAGUUUGACCGCCAACAUUGAGGAGCAGGCGACUCCAGCCAGCGGUAAUCCUGCCUCCGGUGAUAGUAAUGUGGGAGCGAAGCGAACCCAGCUUCCAACUUUAAGUGUGGCACUGCCAGUAGCGCCAUCGAAGCCACGUCGCAAGAUCUACUCCAAAAACUUCUCGCAACUGCAGUUGGUUAUCGAGGUGCUGACACACCAGUGCGGAACCACCGAGGGCUUAGACAACGUGGCGAAGUUGAUUGUGAACCUUACUCAGUGUUCGCAGGCAUCGAAUGCCAUUUUCAUCCAGUACUUGACAGCUGCCAUACUGGGAUUGGCCGAGGAAGUGCGUCAAGCGAUACAGAUGCUGCUAAAUGAGAUUCGUAUGUAUAACAUUCACCACGGCGUGGCUAGAACCACCUCACAGGCUGCCUCCACUUCCGGUGCAGCAGGCGCAACAGUCGGAUAUGUACCUACAGUGUCGGGAGCCAGUUUGCUACCUAAUUUGGCCGUCCAUGAGGGCAUUAUGCAGGAUCGCUUUACCGCGGAACAUGUGAUCAUUUCGGCGCCAAAGAACGCCAAGCCCACCUGCGAGUUGCAGUUGCCUUCAAUGAAGAAACUUAUGUCCAACUCCUCUGCUCAGCCAUACUUCCUACGCACGCUGAAGAUCUUCAUGCAGGUGCGUGAUAUGUAUGAGGCGCAAAAUGGUUUGUCCACAGGCAGUGGAACUUCUGGUGCUGCCGGCGACAACGACGAUGACAUCAUCGAUAUUGAGGGCGAUGGUGGAGCGUCCGGCGGUAGUAGUUCGGAUAUGGCUCCUGGAUCAGCUAGCACAAUUUCUCCUCCUCCACCUAUGGAAACCAACCAGAACAUACAAGACGGUGAUGAGGACGAAGAAGAUGACGAUGAGACAAGGGCUUCACCUGGAGUCGGCAAUCAUUCAACAAGCGCUGGCAAAUCAGCCAAGCCCACUUUGAGUCAGAUUCUCUGUCUGGACGUGCUAUGGCACACGCUUAGCGAGUGCCUGGUGGCUCUGGAGGAGUCCAAGGACGAGUUCGCCGUCUUGGUGUUACAGCCCACUGUGGAAGCCUUCUUUCUCAUUCAUGCCUCCCAUCGCGGUGCUACCAAAAAGUCGGGACGCGGUACGCUCGCUGGAGUUGUGGGCUCUGGACUGCGAGCAGCCGCCGGAGGAGGAGCACCCACAUCAUCUGCCCAGGAGCACAGUCCUUCGAUGGACGAUACUAGCAGCGCAAACACUCUGAGUUCGACUAGCUUUGAUGAUGAGCCGCGAAUGCUAGAUGCCUCCACAAACACGCCGCUUUCGACUAAUAGUUCCGCCAAUACAGCGCUCAGCGCACACGAGGCGCAGCUGCGGCAGGACCGCCAGAAGUUCCUUCUGUUUGCGGAGAAGCACCGUACUGUGCUUAACCAGAUCCUGCGCCAGUCUCCAACUCAUCUUUCGGACGGACCAUUUGCCGUGCUAGUUGACCACACACGCAUUCUGGACUUUGAUGUCAAGCGAAAGUACUUCCAAACGGAGCUGGAGCGCCUGGACGAGGGUAUCCGGCGAGAGGAGCAUACGGUUAGUGUUCGUCGCGUAACCGUUUUUGAGGACUCGUUCCGUGUAUUGUAUCGUCUGGGUCCAGAGGAAUGGAAGAACCGCUUCUACAUCGUCUUCGAGGAUGAGGAAGGCCAGGACGCUGGCGGUCUGCUACGCGAAUGGUAUGUGAUCAUAUCACGUGAGAUUUUCAAUCCGAUGUAUGCCUUGUUCUGCGUAUCGCCUGGCGAUCGCGUCACCUACAUGAUCAAUCCCUCCAGUCAUGCCAAUCCGAAUCACCUGAGCUACUUUAAGUUCGUCGGCCGCGUAAUUGCCAAGGCUGUGCACGACAAUAAGUUGCUUGAGUGCUACUUCACCAGAUCCUUCUACAAGCACAUACUGGGCAAACAAGUGAAACACACGGAUAUGGAGUCGCAGGACUAUGAGUUCUAUAAAGGACUCGAUUAUCUCAUGAAGAAUGACAUCUCCACUCUGGGUUACGAGCUGACCUUCUCCACUGAGGUGCAGGAGUUUGGUGUCACCCAGAUCCGUGAUCUCAAGCCAAACGGUCGCGACACCGCCGUGACCGAGGAAAAUAAGUUCGAGUAUGUGCAGCUGGUGUGCCAGCUUAAGAUGAGUGGCUCCAUCCGUCAACAAUUGGACGCAUUCCUUGAGGGCUUCUACGACAUUAUUCCAAAGCAUUUAAUUUCUAUAUUCAACGAACAGGAACUGGAACUUCUCAUAUCCGGCCUGCCGGAUAUUGACAUUGAAGAUCUAAAGGCGAACACUGAGUACCACAAGUACACCUCCAAAUCGGCCCAGAUUCAAUGGUUUUGGCGUGCACUGCGAAGCUUUGACCAAGCGGACCGCGCGAAGUUCUUGCAGUUCGUCACCGGCACUUCGAAAGUGCCCCUGCAGGGCUUCAGCUCUCUGGAGGGAAUGAACGGGAUUCAAAAGUUCCAAAUCCAUCGGGACGAUCGUUCCACUGAUAGAUUGCCCUGCGCGCACACCUGCUUCAACCAACUGGAUCUGCCCAUGUACAAGUCAUAUGACAAACUACGAAGCUGCCUGUUAAAGGCCAUCCAUGAGUGUUCCGAAGGCUUUGGCUUUGCUUAAAUAGCAACCGAGAACCCAUGGACGCAACACUAUUCCUAAUACGCCUGAUAACACCGGCUAAACGACGAGAAAUGCAAAAAUUGAUUUGAACAGAACAGAAUAGAACAGAACAGUCACUGCAAGUUUGCGAAAGCCGCAACAGAAACUGCAUGCAUACACAGUACAUAUAGUUAUAUAGUAUAUAUAAAAAUGUUGAAUUAAUUAUUAAUUUUCGCGCCUAUAUAUAUAAAAUAUAUAUUUUCUUAAAUUUUCAAAACAAAAAAAAAAUCAAAUGAAAACUAAAAAAAAGGAAAGAAAAAAUACUGAUACAAACGCGAAACAACAUAUUCGACUAACAUUUCUCUGCGAAACUCAUCCUACUAUAUUGUUUUGAAAUUCUCGUCGGUUUGCACAUUUUCAUUAAAAGGAAAGGAUUUAUAUAAAAGAAAAAAGAAAUCACAAUUUGACCUAUUUUUAUUUACCUAAACACGAAACCGAAUAGCAAAGGAUUAAACGUAGUAUAUAGAACGCAAAUGCACAUAAACAGAUUAUACACUUUGGUUUCUUGUUUACUUAAGUGAAUUUACCGAAGAUAAAUGGGGAGGUAAAAAAUAAUUAAAUGGAUUAAAGUAUUUUGAUGUAAGAGAUAAGUCCUUAUGUUAUGCAUUUUAUGUUUACCUUUGGAAAAAUGAGCCGCAGAUGUAACUUAAAGAAUGUGGAAUAAAGUAAGAGUAAGCUCAUUUAUCAUAA